ACUCCUUCCAAGUUUUCCCAUUAGACCCCAAUACCCCAUCUAAAAAUCAAAACCAUAAAUGGGAAAAAAAAGAAAAAAAAAAACAAAAAUGAAAAAUCUUGGAGGUCGAAUCCCAUACGGCACAGUAAGUAUACAACUUCUAGUAUCAGCCAAUCAGAAAAAUCAAGCAAGGGCAAAAAAGGAAAUCACGAUCGAAGGACUGACGGCGAAUUUCACAUCAACGGUUCACAUUAGGAUAUUGACUAUCAACAGAACAGAUCGAACGGCCAGGAAACGUCCGACGACGACGUAGGUGAAGAAAGCGAAAUAGAUAUUAUCCAGUGCGUGGCGGUGCAUCGUACCCGAAUGGAACACGAUAUGAUAAUAUUAUAGAGAGAUAAUAGAACGGCCUCUAGCAUCAUCCUCCUCUUCUUCUUCUUCCCCUUUCUUCUUCCUUCCUCUCUGUUCUCACCUCCAUUUGUUUUUGUCAUUUUCUGUUCCUCUCUAUCUAAAUUAGGAGGAUUGAUAUAGCUUUCAAGGUAAAUUUCAUUAACCCAGCUUAAUUUCUUUCGUUUGCUGUAUCGGUGCUAGGGUUUUGGGGUCUGUUUUGGACUUCAUUCGUUUCAGGUGUUUCAUCGGUGUCUUCAUUUCUUAUCGGGUUUAUUGAUUUAAUAGGUUCUGUCGAAGUUUUUAGAUGAUGGGUUAUAUGUUAUCAUUUUUGUUAUCUGUAGUAUUUUUUUUGUUUUUUAUUUUUACUUGGGCAUGUGUGUUUAGCAGUAAAGGUAGGGUAUUUGGUUUUAUACUGUUAUUUAGCUGGAUUACGCUAUGUUUACUGAAAUAAUGGAUGUUUCAUUCUAAUGGGUUCGAGUUAUUUUGGUGUUUGGACUUGAAGGAUGUACUGUAGUUUUGCUGUUGACUUUGAUGGAGGUUGUUGUGGCUGUUCUUCUUUGUUUUUAUCGAGUUUUUGGUUUCUGUAUGGAUCAAUUUAUCAUUUUGCUCGGUUUCAUAGUGUUGUAUCUUUGUUGGGAUUCUGGUUCAUGCGGUGGGAUUCUGUGGGAAAUGGAUUAAUCUGAAUUCAUUUCAACGAAACCUAUGUGUUUUUAGCUAAAAUUACCUUGGAUGUUGGGUUGAAAGUUUGACGCUCUAACUCUAAUGAGUGUCUAGAAUUGGAUUUCUGUGUGGUUGGAAGGAUUAUUGUAGUUCAUUAUGAAUUUUGGUUCAUACCAGUUACCCAUAUCACUGACAUUGUAAGUCCUUUGUAGGUUGAACGAUAUAAUGUUCAAUUGUAAUAAUGUUUUUUGCUCCUAGUAUCUCAUUCUUCUUGGUCGGUGUUCCCAGAGAGAGAGAGAGAGAGAUAUAUGCUUUCUGAUUAAUUAUCUUUUGGACGGGGUUCUGUGGUUCUUGGAAGUUACUUUGAACGUGGUUUUAUGAUCUUGUUUGUGAACAUUAAUGUUAGGUUUGUUGACUUCUUUGGAUCUGAUUUGUAGCUAUUUUACUGUUUCUAUCCCUGAAAUGCAGGAAAAAAGGCAGUCAUGGCAAGAGCUAUGGUACAGUCAACAAAUUUAUCUUCUGCCGCUCCUACGUGGAGCUUAUCCCAAUCAAAAGGAUCUGGUAGAGGUAGAAGAACAGUCACAAUGCUCUGCAUGACACGUGCUGCGCCUCUUAGGUUGACCAGCUAUUCUGGCUUACGUGCCGCUAAUGCAUUGGAUAAUGUGGUCAGAUAUGGCCAAACUUUACAUUCAAAAGUGGCGAUAACUGGUCGGCGUAAAAGGUGUAGCCGGAUAGUGCCAAAAGCUAUGUUUGAGCGCUUUACGGAAAAAGCCAUUAAAGUUAUCAUGCUUGCACAAGAGGAGGCAAGACGAUUGGGCCAUAAUUUUGUCGGCACAGAGCAAAUUUUGUUGGGGCUCAUUGGCGAGGGUACCGGUAUUGCCGCAAAAGUUCUGAAAUCAAUGGGCAUUAACUUAAAAGAUGCACGUGUUGAAGUAGAAAAAAUAAUUGGAAGGGGAAGUGGAUUUGUGGCUGUGGAGAUUCCGUUCACGCCACGUGCAAAGCGAGUUUUGGAACUUUCACUUGAGGAAGCUCGCCAACUCGGCCAUAAUUAUAUUGGUUCGGAGCACCUUUUGCUGGGAUUGCUUCGUGAGGGUGAAGGUGUGGCUGCCCGAGUUCUUGAAAAUUUGGGUGCUGAUCCCAGUAACAUUCGCACACAGGUGAUUAGAAUGGUCGGUGAGAAUAAUCCAGAAGUCGGUGCUGGUGUUGGGGGUGGGACUACAAGUAACAAAAUGCCUACACUUGAGGAGUAUGGUACCAAUCUGACAAAGCUUGCUGAGGAGGGUAAACUAGAUCCUGUAGUGGGAAGGCAGGAACAAAUUGAGCGUGUUACUCAAAUUUUGGGCCGACGAACAAAGAACAAUCCGUGCCUUAUUGGAGAGCCUGGUGUAGGGAAAACUGCUAUUGCUGAGGGCCUUGCUCAACGGAUUGCCAAUGGUGAUGUUCCUGAGACAAUUGAGGGGAAGAAGGUUAUAACAUUGGAUAUGGGCCUUCUGGUUGCUGGAACAAAAUACCGUGGAGAAUUUGAGGAACGGCUAAAGAAAUUGAUGGAGGAGAUAAAACAAAGUGAUGAAAUCAUUCUUUUCAUUGAUGAAGUGCACACAUUAAUUGGAGCUGGAGCUGCAGAGGGAGCAAUUGAUGCUGCAAACAUUUUAAAACCUGCUCUUGCUCGUGGUGAACUUCAGUGUAUUGGGGCUACAACCCUAGAUGAGUACAGAAAGCACAUUGAAAAAGAUCCAGCUUUAGAAAGACGUUUCCAGCCUGUUAAGGUGCCUGAGCCGUCUGUGGAUGAAACUAUUCAGAUAUUGAAGGGCCUUCGAGAGCGAUAUGAGCUCCAUCACAAAUUACGUUACACAGAUGAAUCUUUGGUCGCUGCCGCCCAGCUCUCCUACCAAUACAUCAGUGACCGUUUCCUGCCUGACAAAGCCAUCGACUUGAUUGAUGAAGCUGGUUCUCGUGUUCGACUUCGUCAUGCUAAGCUCCCUGAGGAAGCUAGAGAGUUGGAGAAAGAACUCCGACAGCUCACCAAGGAGAAGGAUGAAGCUGUUCGUAGUCAGGACUUUGAAAAGGCCCAAGUUCUACGUGACCGAGAAGUGGAUCUUCAGGCCCAAAUCACAAAUCUUAUUGAGAAAAACAAAGAGAUGAGCAAGGCUGAAACUGAGUUGGGCGAUGGUGGACCCCUCGUGACCGAAGUGGACAUCCAGCAUAUUGUCUCUUCAUGGACGGGAAUACCUGUUGAGAAGGUGUCCACUGAUGAAUCAGAUCGACUCCUAAAGAUGGAGGAGACAUUGCACACUCGAGUCAUUGGACAGGAUGAAGCUGUCAAAGCCAUCAGCCGUGCUAUUCGUCGUGCCCGUGUUGGACUCAAGAAUCCCAAUCGGCCUAUUGCUAGCUUUAUUUUCUCCGGUCCCACUGGAGUUGGGAAGUCAGAAUUAGCUAAAGCACUGGCUGCUUACUACUUCGGUUCCGAGGAAGCUAUGAUCAGACUAGAUAUGAGUGAAUUCAUGGAGAGACAUACUGUCUCAAAGCUCAUUGGUUCACCUCCUGGGUAUGUUGGUUAUACCGAGGGUGGUCAGCUGACAGAAGCGGUGCGCCGACGUCCUUACACCGUUGUGCUGUUUGAUGAGAUUGAAAAGGCUCACCCAGAUGUCUUCAACAUGAUGCUUCAGAUUCUUGAAGAUGGGCGUUUGACAGACAGCAAGGGUCGGACUGUUGACUUCAAGAAUACCCUCUUGAUCAUGACAUCAAACGUGGGGAGUAGCGUCAUUGAGAAAGGUGGCCGACGGAUUGGUUUUGAUUUAGAUUAUGAUGAGAAAGAUAGUAGUUACAACAGAAUUAAAAGCUUGGUGACUGAGGAAUUAAAACAAUACUUCAGGCCUGAGUUCUUGAACAGAUUGGAUGAGAUGAUAGUAUUCAGGCAACUGACCAAGCUAGAGGUGAAGGAGAUUGCUGACAUCAUGUUGAAGGAAGUAUUUGAGAGGUUGAAGAAAAAGGAAAUAGAACUUCAGGUUACAGAGAGGUUCAGAGAUAGAGUUGUCGAUGAGGGUUACAAUCCAAGCUAUGGUGCACGACCUCUGCGAAGGGCCAUCAUGAGACUUUUGGAGGAUAGUUUGGCUGAGAAGAUGCUCGCCCGGGAGAUCAAGGAAGGUGAUUCGGUAAUUGUGGAUGUUGAUUCAGAUGGCAAUGUAACAGUCCUCAAUGGCAGUGGUGGCGCUUUACCAGAACCAUCACCAGAGGCAAUUCCCGUGUAGAAGAAAUAGAUGCAACUUUGUUGAAUGUAUCUUGUAAAACCCCAUCUUAAGCAGCCUGUCUGAUGAUGGGUUGUAUUUUGAGUGCUGUUAUUUUUGCGUUCGUUAGUACAGUGAUAGCUUGUUGGGUUUUCAGAUAUUGUAGUGAUUAUAGAAUUAGAUAGAAUCCAAAACUUUGAACUUUGAAUGACUGCCCUGUUGCCAAAUCCAAGAACAUUUCCCUAUAACCUAAACUUUUAUUGAUGAUUCCUUUUUUUCUUUUCCUUGUUCUUCUUGCAAGGCACCAAUAUUUUUGCUAUCGAUUUAAAAA